AUGAAGGCCGCGCAUCCAGUAAACUUCCCCGGGGGGCACUUCAUGUUCCCAAGAGGUCCCGCUGCCCGAGUAGGAAAACCUAAUAAUGAAAAGGAGGGGUAUGGAGCUAGCCUAAAUAACCAAAGAAAAAUGAAGGAGCCAUAUGGAGGCGUAAAAAAUAACAAGUAUGAAUAUUUAGAUGCUAGCCACUUGGAAAUGCUAGACCUGAACAAGAACAUUCAGCACAUCCUACCCAAGCCCGUGAAGCCAUCCUUAAAUUUGGAAAACCUGUGCAAGGAGACGAGUGCCAUAAUGAGGAAUAGUAGAAGGGCCAAGGGCGCCGAGCUGCACCCCCUCUCGCAGCAGCAACAGCAAACGUGGCAACCGCACCACUCGCAACAGGCGCUGUACCCGCAACAACCCCAUCAGACGGGACCAGAGCACAAAAACGUAAAACACCUGUAUGAACUGGGGCUGCCCCAAAUCAUAGGCACGUACAUUCAGCCUCUAAGCAAAAACAACGACGGAGUAAAGGACCCUCUAGGAAAUAAUCCAUUCCCCCUUGGAUCGACAUCCCCCUUUUUCCAGCCACCCAAGUAUUUGCCCAAACAAAUGCAGCAACCUACGAACAAGUUUUUGCCCCUACAGUUAAACAGUGAAAGAAAAAACUUAUAUGGACUGCCGUCUUACCUAAUCCCUGAGGACAAACCUAAAAGCUUGACAGUUACGGUUGUGCCUAAUAAGGACAAGGAUCUUUUAGAGAAGGAGGCAAAGCAGUUGAAGUUAUUGCUAGACAAUUCGUCUCAAGGCAUUGUUAACUCUACCCCCGAUUAUCAAAAAAUUAUUUCCUCCUCCAUGGUGUCCAGCAGUGAUGAUGGGAAUGCCAGCGGGGGGAGCCGCUACAACUUCGGAGAUAAUAGCAGCCUCAGGAAUGGACAGAACGACAUAGAGAGCGACUUCAGCUUUGGAAGGAACGAAGACGUGAGAGACGAAUUUGCUGGCGAACACGACGCGGAAAAUAAUAACGACGACUCCUUUUUUAAUGAGUUAUAUGAUGCCAAUAAUUUCACGCCUUACGGAAAAACGAACGAAGGGGGGGUGAGCGACGCACGUGGUGAUCACGAACACGGUUAUCACUUACAAUUAAGCGGGAAGCAUCAAGAUGGGGUGAAUAGAAAGGCGGUAUAUAAAGGAAGGAGCGUUAAUAGUGCACUGAAUAAUGGGUCGGACAAAAUUAGUGCAUUGGAGAGGAAGGAAGAAAAUGGACCAGGUGGGCAUAGACAGAGUGAGCACGGAGGAGAUAAUCAUAACUCACCUGACGGGGUCAAGAGACAGGUGAAAAAGGCUUCUCCAUUGAAGAGAACCCUUCUAGCUAAAAAAAAAGAACACAGUGACACUCCCUUGAAGAACCUCGAACCAUCCACCUGCUUUAGAAAUCCCAAAACGUAUGUAAAUAUACGUUUAGGGAAGCCCAAAAAGUUUUAUGUCACCAACAGUUCUGACCCUAUCGAUAAAAAACUGAAAGAUUGGCACAACACGCAUAAUAGCCAAAUAGGCUGGAAGAAAAGCCGAAGAGGUGUUUACACCUUCGGGAGGACGGAAGUUGUUCUAAGUUUGGUUCACGACAAAAUUAUCGUUAAAAAGAUUAACGGCAAAUACGUGAAGGAUAAUUUGUUGAGUGUCGAAAAGUUCGUCUCACUGAAUGAGUUGUUUGAGCUCCAUCGCGAGCAAACUGAUAAUCUGCUGAAGAAGAAAGCGAUUCAAACUUUCCUGUUUUAA